UUUAAUGUGCCUUAGUUCUCUUUUUAAAGGUACAGUCAACUUUAUUUCAAAUCUCAUGUCUGUAAAGCACAUGAGAUAAUACUUUCACUGUGUCUCAAUAUACAUGACGGUGAUAAAUCAAAUCAAGUCACUGAACAUGUGCUUUCAUGAUCCUGGCAGAAUCCUAGAUGAACUGUUCUUGGCAAAUUAAAUCAACAUUUACUGUUCUCUGCAACUCUGUGGAUUUAACCAACAAGCAAGAGGAAGAGAGGGUAGGGCUAGGUAAUAAAGUAUAAAUCCAGUUUUGUACUUCCUUCCUUCCGUCCGGAAGCACUUUAACAAAAAUACACCAGUAACUCAAACAUUAUUCAAAUUGAUCAUAAUGCUGUUUGGAGUGGUAUCAACAGCAAUAUCAGCAACUGUCAGGAUUCUUUCAACAGAAAACAGUGUGGAACUAAAGAUCAGCCUGGAUGCCCUAAGUCUUUUUCACAUCAAAUAAAAGAACAGUAGAAAAGAAGAUUGAUUGCCGUGUCUUGAAGAACUUUGACAGAAGGAUCGGUGAGCAGGAUGGUGGACCACCUAAUGAACACGGAGAUCAAUACACAACGAAUAGCUGCAGUCGAAAAUUGCUUUGGAGCAACAGGUCAGCCUCUGGUCAUGCAUGGGCGAGUACUUGUAGGUGAAGGAUUAUUGACAAAAGUCUGUCGCAAGAAGCCAAAACCCCGAAUGUUUUUCCUAUUUAAUGACAUCCUGGUAUAUGGAAGUAUUAUCAUCCCCAAGAAAAAGUACACCAGUCAACAGAUAAUACCACUGGAGGAUGUCAAUGUUGAAGAUCUUGCAGAUAAUGACAGUCUGAAAAAUCAAUGGAUGAUAAAAACCUCACGAAAAUCAUUCAUAGUGUGUGCUGCAACCCGGUCUGAAAAAGAAGACUGGAUAAAGCACAUUAACAAUUGUGUUAAAAAACUGCUGGAAAAGACAGGAAGGGCGCCACCUACUGAACAUGCAGCCCCUUGGAUACCAGACAAGAUGACAGAAAUCUGCAUGCGGUGCACUCAAAAGAAGUUCAACACUUUAAUUCGCAGGCACCACUGUCGGAACUGUGGCUUUGUGGUGUGUUAUUCUUGUUCAAAGCACAAGUUUCUUAUGCCUAAGCUGUCAUCAAAGCCUUUAAGGGUAUGCACAUUGUGUUACAAUAAAUUGAUGGAAGAGAAGGGUAAAAUCUCAACAUUAGACCAAAAAGCAGAUGAGAUCACUGAUCUGAAUGGUGAUGAAGAUGAUGACAAAUCCAGUGAUGAGGAGAAGCAAGAGCUGGGACAGGAUCCAUUAUUUUCAACAGAUCUCUCUUGGUCCUCUUUCCACACUUAGUCAUAUACGCAAGUCAACUAACUCAACAAUUACAUUAUGAAGUGAAAACAGGUCUCUUUCAAGCAAUUUUCAGAGAAAUGAGACACUAAUUUUACUUCACACUAACAAAUAUAAAGUGCUUAUUUUGCUUUGCAAUGCAGUAUACUUUUUUUUCUGUUGUUUUGCAUACAAACUAGAUUUGACAGAUUUGCCAUUGCAUAAGGGUACUUACGCAAUUUAUAUUUCAGGGGCAGAGUUUGAUGCUCACUCCCAAGGCGUGUUUUGAGGCAGGGGUCAUUUAAUUGAAUGGAAAGUUCCCACAUGGAGAUGUCUCUGACUUCCCACCUCUGCCCUGAUUAUUUCCAGAGAAGAUGAGUGGGAAAGCUGUCUAAGCUUUCCUACCCAAAUGCCAAUUGAAGUCAUUAUGUGGCCAAUUAAUACCCAGUUAAUUGUCUUAUCCUGCUGCCACAUAUUCAAAGAACCAAGGGCAAUCCAAUUUCUAUACAACAAGCCCAAAUGACAAAACCUAUUGUAUUUUCCUGGAAACUCCCAUACGGGACUUUAUCACGCAGGCACUCAGUGCCUGAUGAAGGGACCUGGCAAUAGAUAGGGAGGCAGUAUGGUGCUUUUGAAAGCCAUCCCACUGUUUUUUUCUACGAAGCCCAUUCAUACGUGGUCCAUUGAUCCUACUUCUGCAAUUCUCGUUUCACUUCUAUCUUGUGUCUCAUGUUAAUUUUCGCCUCAAAUAUGUGCAUGACAGGCAACCCCAAGUUGGUCCCCAGUAACUUUAAUGAUAAUAAAAGAAUUGCUGACCUUAGUUGGUUGGAAACUCUCAGGUUGGGUAGAACUUCCACCUCUGGGGUAGGCUCUGCCAGAUUGAUUUCUGCCUUAUAGCUACAUAACACUUACACCGUAGGUAUAUACGCUAUUGUGAUUAAUCCUGAAUGUCACAUUCCAUGAAGAUUUCUGGUUCAGUUCCUGAUUAAUUAAUUAGCUAAUCUCAGCUUUGGGGAUGGUCAAAGUUUGAGAAUUUGUGUCCAAACCUCUGAUAAGGGAAAAGAAAAUUAACAGAGAUUUCCACUCUUAAUCAAAUGAGGUUGAAAUUAGACUUGAGUUUGAGGGUAGUCAAGAUCGGGUAUUCUCUGUGCUUACAUGUGAAUAUUUGUUCCUCAGCUCCCGGGCCACCAAAUGUGCUUCAGGUUUAACUAUCCACCUCUGACAAGAAAGAACAGGUGGACAAAUGAAUAAAUAUUGAACCAAUUCACAUCAAAACACCAUGUUCCACAACAGUCCCUAAACAAAUAGACUUAGAGCUUUUCAAUAUAUUGCUUCUGGAAAGCUUGAUAUAAAUCUUGUGUCAUGUAGCAUUUGCAAUUUGUAACACAGUCAAGUAACUCUGUUAUGCUUAAUCGAUUUCUGAAGAAGUGCAAUUGUAUGUCUACAUUUAGAAAUUAAUCAUUUAACAAAUCCUUCAAAUCACCCAAAAUUAUCCUAAAGAUCUGCCGUCUUUGAUGAAACAAGAAACAAUUAAAUACAGCAUGUGAUUUGAUUCUGAUUUAAUUAAACUUGAGGAAACUUGGAGCGGUGCGUGAGGCAAAAGCAAUGGCAUCAGAAAGAACAAGGUGUAGGGCUGGAUGAACACAGCAGGCCAAGCA